UCUGCUCCCUUUUCUCGAGGGACUAUGGCUAGCAACAAAACCAGCUUUCGACCUCUUUUACCUGUUUUCCUUAUUUUGUUAACUGAAUAUGUUCUCUUAACAGUCAGUUUGGCCAACUCAUCAGAUUUGGCUUGCUUUGAAGAGGAUAGGAAAGCACUUGUUGAAUUCAAACAAAGUCUUGAUGAUCGUGUACCCCGACUUUCUUCUUGGAAAGGGGAAGACUGCUGCAACUGGACGCGCGUCCGCUGCAGCAACCAAACAGGCCAUGUUAUCGAGCUUGACCUUAGCAACGUCUGUGGUGAAGAAAGUGAUAAUGCAGCAACUGGUGCUCCCAUGUCAGCAUGCUUAGGUGGUGAGUUAUCUCCUUCUUUAGUUAAUCUUACACACUUGGAGUACUUGAACCUGAGUGGCCGCACUAUCCGAGGUAUUCCCAUCCCAAGUUUCAUAGGUUCACUCAAGAAGUUGAGGUACCUUGAUCUCUCCCACUCGGGUUUUGUGGGAAUGGUACCUCCUCAUCUUGGAAAUCUAUCAGAACUGAUCUAUCUUGAUCUGUCGACUACAUAUUCAGAUAUGUGGGUUUCAGAUUUAAGGUGGCUCUCUGGCCUCUCUUCUUUGCGAUUUCUGGGUUUAGAAAUGUUGAACCUUAGCCAGGCCACAGAUCAUUGGGUUCAUGCUAUUAAUACGCUUCCUUCACUAUUAGAGUUGCACUUUUCUUUUUGUGAACUUCAUGGCAGCCUCCCCCAGUCUCUACCUCAUCUAAAUUUGACGUCACUUUUGGUCAUUGAUCUCUCAUCCAACGAAUUUCAAUCUUCAUUACCUCAAUGGCUAUUUAAUAUUAGUACCCUUGUGACUGUAGAUUUUUCUAGUACUGGAUUUACUGGCUCCAUUCCGGAUGUUUCGUUGCUUAAGGACUUGGAAACUCUAGAACUGCAGCGAAACUCACUCUCUGGUCCAUUUCCAACAUCAAUUGGAAAUCUGUUACAUUUGCAGUCCUUGCACCUUUCAGAAAACUCUAUCUCUGGUUCACUCCCAGCAUCGAUAGGAAACCUUGUCCAGUUGGAAAUUAUGGACCUCUCAAAAAACAAACUUUCCGGUCCACUUCCGACAUCAAUAGGAAAUAUUUUCCAUUUAGAUUCUUUGGACCUUUCAGAAAACUCAAUCUCCGGUUCACUUCCAAUAUCAAUAGGAAAUCUAUUACAGUUGAGGACCCUAGACCUUUCACAAAACACAAUCUCUGGUCCACUCCCAGCAUCAAUAGGAAAUCUGGUCCAGUUGGAAACUUUGAAACUCUCAAAAAACAAACUUUCCGGUCCACUUCCUAUGUCAGUAGGAAAUCUGUCACACUUGAAUAGCCUUGACCUUUCCUCCAACAUGAUCAAUGGUAGCAUUCCAACCAGUAUUGGACAACUUACAAAAUUAACUACCCUGAAUCUCUUGUCUAAUCAUUGGGAGGGCACCAUAAGUGAAAGUCAUUUUGAGAACCUCACAAGACUGGCCGACCUUAAAUUAUCAUCAAAGUCUCUGGUUUUCAACGUCAGUCAGGAAUGGAUUCCAUCCUUCAAUACAUCUUUCAUCACUAUCCAGGAUUGCCAAUUUGUAAGUCCUACAUUUCCAGCAUGGCUUCGAAGCCAGUUCAUUGCUUAUAUAGUUCUUUCAAAUGUAGGAAUUUCCGAUACAAUACCUGAGUGGUUUUGGAGGAACUCCCCACACAUGAGUUGGUUGGAUCUCUCCAAUAACCAAUUAAGAGGAAAGCUUCCUAACUUGAAACAUUUUGAGGCCUAUGUUAAUUUGAAAAACAACUACUUAGAGGGCUCCGUUCCACUUUGGCCAAAUGUAACAUACCUGAAGUUAGGAGGCAAUAGAUUUUCAGGAACAAUUCCGUCCAACAUUGGCCAGGAGAUGUUAAAACUAAUUAGCCUAGAUCUGUCUAGGAAUAGUCUAAGUGGUAGCAUUCCCCGUUCACUCACUAAACUGAAGAGUUUGACUUCUAUUGAUCUCUCAAGGAACUACUUAUCCGGAAGUAUUCCUAAGAAUUGGAAUGGUUCAGGAGUUGAGACUAUAGAUUUUUCCAAUAACAAUCUAUCUGGUCAAUUCCCGCCAAACUUGUGCUCUCAGCAACCUUCACUUUUCUGGUUGAGAUUAAGUAACAACAAUCUUUCUGGGGAUCUUGGAUCGUCCUUGCAAAACUGUCAAAACUUAUAUACACUCGAUCUUGGAGGGAACAAAUUCUCUGGAGUCAUACCACAAUGGAUUGGACAAGACCUACAAUCCUUGCAUCUUUUACUUCUCGGAGAGAACAAGUUCACCGGAAGCAUUCCUCACCAACUGUGCGCUCUCUCUCGUCUUCAUGCUCUAGACCUUUCCCAUAAUAAAUUAUCAGGCUCUAUCCCUAGAUGUCUUGGUAAUUUGACACAGUUGACGAAUUCAGGUGGCAUGCCCCAGCCAUUUCCCUCUCUUGAAGACACACCGGACAUGGAGCCAUGGCAUAUUGAUCUGGACCCGAAAGGCGUCGAAUAUGAGUACACUACUAUUCUACCCCUUGUAAACACCAUUGAUCUCUCAGGCAAUAACCUAUCCGGAGAAAUACCAGAAGAGAUGAGAAGCCUCUCCACCUUGGGCAGCUUGAACUUAUCUCGGAAUAUUUUGACAGGAAAGAUACCAAAGGAUAUGGGAAGCUUGAAGCAGCUGCAAACUCUCGACCUCUCUUGUAACCAUAUUCACGGUUCAAUUCCUACAAGCAUGACCUAUAUGACUUCGCUGAGCAAGAUGAACUUGUCAUAUAAUGACUUGUCUGGGCCAAUCCCAUCUACUAAUCAAUUCCACACCUUCAAUGAUCCAUCACUAUUUGAAGGAAACUUGGGACUUUGUGGCGCUCCAUUGCCAACUCAGUGCUCAACAUCCCCUAAUGGGAAUCCAGAAGUCGAAGAAGAUGAAGACGAAGAAGGUGGGUCUGAAAAGAUAUGGUUCUACGUGAUCGCUGCGAUGGGGUUCAUUCUGGGAUUUUGGGCUGUUUUCGGCAGUUUAGUGCUGAAGAGGUCAUGGAGACAUGCAUAUUUCAAGCUUGUUGACAAAAUGAAAGAUAGGCUCGUUGUGGUAAUCACACUGAAAUGGAUGGCUUGUCUACAAAGAAUGACCAAACAAGAAAGACAACAAUGAGAUUAUUGGUUAUUUUUCUCUUUGGAGUUGUGUUUAGUGUUUCGAAUUUUGAUUUGUUUUCGAGAAAAUUAGAAAUAAACCCCUUUGUUUUCUGAUGUACGUUCCUCAAGUUGUUGUGUACUUGCAUGUGUAAUAUGAUCAGCCUAAUGAUAUUUGCUACAGGUUUCAUCGAUUGCUCACUCUUUUGUAAAUAAUACUGGAAAAAAUUACUGGAUUGGACGUUUUGAUCU